UUUUUCCAGUUGACUCCAAAAAUAAUUAAAAACUAGAGAAAAAUGGAAAAAACUAACCUGGAAGAUGAUAAAAUUUCAUUGCAUUCCGAAGAGUCCGAAAAAGAACCAGAUUUUGUACCAACUUUUGGCGAGGAUAUUAUAAAACUCAAGCACUCCUUCGGCUAUGACUGCAAACGUUUGUAUAACAUGGUCUUGAUUGAUGAUGACACUUUGGUGUUUGCCUCUGGAACUUAUAUACAUUAUUUCAGUAUUUCGAAAAGAGAAGUGACAUUUCGUCAGUCGGUGUUCGGUUGCGGUAUAGGCUUUAUAACGAAAAACCAUCAUCGAGACUAUCAAGGUUUGCUAACUAUUGGAGAGAAUGGACCUAAAGCAACCGUUUUUAUUUACGAAUUUCCUUCUCAUAAAAUACGUAUUAAAUUAGAGGGCGCUGCCAAACAGCAAUUUACUUGUGGUUCCUAUAAUUACACUGGUGAAUUGUUUGCCUCCCAAGCAGGUUUCCCUGAUUACAUGCUGACCAUAUGGAACUGGCAGAAUGCUGAGAUUAUCUUGCGUUCUAAAGCAUUUCAAAAUGAUGUUUUACACGUUCACUUUUCUCAAUUUAAUCCCAUUCUGUUGGUCACCUGCGGCUUGAGUCAUAUAAAAUUUUGGAAAAUGGCCAAGACUUUUACGGGUCUCAAGCUCCAAGGUGAUUUGGGUCGUUUUGGUAAAACCGACUUUAGUGACAUCUAUGCCGUGUAUAUGUUGGCCGAUGAAAAUAUCAUAUCUGGUUGUGAAUGGGGAAAUAUGUUGCUGUGGGAGGCUGGUUUAAUAAAAUUUGAAAUUUGCCGUAAAGGCAGAAGACCGUGUCACACAAAACCCAUAGUUCGUAUUACUAUGAACAAUGGUGAGGUUACCACUGUGGGAAUGGAUGGUUAUGUACGAAUCUGGUUUUGGGAAACUGUAGAUUUGGCUGAUCCUCCAGAUGAAGAUCGUUUUGUGGAAAUUGAGCCGAUUUUUGAAUUUUAUGUGGGUGAAUGUGAAAUACGGAUGAUACAGAAAAUUAAAUUGUUUGAUGACAACGAUUAUGGUUACUAUGCGUUGGAUGGUGGUGGAGGUAUUUGGUAUUGUGAUCUCAACACUAGCGACAUACCCAAUGAUUCCCAUAAACUUUAUUCCUGUCAUGGUGGCAAAGUUGUAGCUACACAAACCAGUCCUGUUUCUCCACAUCUUAUGACCCUGGGACAAGAUGGACGUCUCUUAGUUUACGACUAUGUAUUCGAAAAGAUUAUUUUGGAAAAGAAAUUUCAAGCCCAAGGCACAGAUCUGAUAUGGUUUAGUCCAAAUGUAUCGGAUUCCAGCAUGGAACUGGUGGCUAGUUUUGAAGAUGGUUUUAUAAGACACAUCUACUUAGAUCUAACUCACCCUAAUAAACCAACAAUAUAUUUAAUACGACCCAUAAAAGCUCACACGGCUGCGGUUACUAGAAUGACAGUAAAUUCCAUGAACACACUGCUGCUGACGGGUUCAGCCGAUCACACAAUAUUUAUGUACAAUUUGUCAGAGAAAAAAGAUGCCUUUAUAUGUUUACGUCCCAUGGGUUUCGUAGAAUUUUCGGCCAUACCCAAUUGUUUCUAUUGGAAAGAUCCAAGUCAUACAAUCCUAAUUGGCUGUAAAUCGGGUGAAGUGUAUGAAUACAAAUUGCCCACAGAGGUGACAGAGGAUCAAACGUUUUUAAGUUACAAUUUAACGGAUAAAAAUGAAAUAAAGGUCUCAAAAUUUGUUUCAAUCAAAAGUACGAUACGUAGAGAAUUAAAAAAGGCUGCCACUAAAAAACGCAAAGAUAAAAAGAAGCAGAGGAAACUGGUGGAAAUAGAAAAAUUAAAAGCAGCGAAUCCCGGUUUACAGAUUGAUAUGGAACAAGCUUUGGCCGAUUCUGAACCAGAUGAAGAAGAAGAAGCUUUGCAUAUACCAGCUGUUCCUAAUCCAGUUUUGUGGAUUCGCUAUACGACUGAUAACACUAUAUGGGUUUCUAUGGGUGGUUAUGAUGCUGGCUAUAUAUAUGAAUUAACUAUUGGGGCUAAUAUGCCGGUACGUAGUACGAUGAUCAAAGACGGUGAUGAUAUAGAAAUUCAUUCUUAUUUGGAUAUUGAGGAAUAUUUAAUAUUCGGCAUGAUUAAUGGAAAAAUACGCAUAAAUCACAAGAACUCCAAUGAUUUUACCGAUCUGAGAAAUUAUCGCUUAGUGAACAUGCAUGAUCCCAUAAAUGGCAAUAUACCUUGUCUCAUACUAAGUCAUGAUGGCAAAUUUCUUUUCUCUAUUGGUCACGAUGGCAAUGUUUUCGUAUACGAAUGGCAUGGUCCGCAAGUCACAGUUGCAAAGUCGAAAACUGUAUUGUUAAUGCCGAAAAAAGUCUUACCGACUGAAGAUAUUAACAAUCCUCAACAUCCUUCAUUGGAACAGGAGAAAAUCUAUGCUGAAAUUAAGCGGCAAGAGGAAGCAGCUGCUGCUCAUGAUCGCAAGGUUUUGGCCGAUAUUAUUGUGCUGCAAAAGAAAUUCGAUGAGCUAUUGUUGGCCAAUGAGGCAAUGCAUGAGGAAUUGCGUAUUUCCCAAUGUGAAUUGCUAUUGGAUGAGAGAAUUACAAAUCAAAUUAAAGGCGAAUUACAAGCGGAAUUGGAUGAUGUACGUGAAGAUUUGGCCUAUGACUUGGAGGUGGCACAAGUUGGGAAACAAAAGCUGUAUGAUUAUUUCUUUAAGAAGCUGGAUCAUAUACCUAUUAAGAUUUCUGGUAUAGGAGAAAAUUCAGUUGUAUACACCUUUCGUGUGGAACGAUUAGAUGAGAAUUUUGAAACCAUUAAAGCUGACAUAGAGGAACGUCUACGAUUAGAAGCUUUGAAAAGAGUACCUGUUCAGUUAAUGAUGGCCGAGGAAAAGGAAGAAAGUAUGCCGGAACCAGCCACUGAAACCUUUUUCUUUGGACGUGAUCCCAAUACCAUAAUACCACGUUUUAGUCGCAAAAUGCUGCGUUUACUAAGAAGCUAUCGCUCUCGUCAAUGGUACGAAGUGGAGCGUACUUAUCAUUGGGAAAAAAUGGUUAAACAAAAACCAGAUCCCAAUCGUAAUCAUCCAGACGAUGAUCGUAAAAUCCAAGAAGCUGAAAAAAGUAUAGGCGACUAUAAACUUAAAACUGGUCAAGAAUAUGAACCACAACCAUUUGAAACCUUGACAUGGAAAUACAAAGAAAUUGUUACACUCAGAGAGCGUUUAAACGAAAUAAUUGCUCAAUUUAAUAACAAAGUUUUCAAGCUGAGAGAUGAGAAAAAAGAUCUCUAUCAAUUCAUUGAGCAGAAACGUAAACGUUUAGAAGAAAUUCAUACAUAUUUGCCCGAAAAGAAUCGCAAAUUUUUAAUGGAAAUUCCACCACUCAAUAUGGAUGAAGAAUGGCCGGAACUGAAUAUGAUUGAACAUUGUAAUCCUGGUUGUAAGAUCAAAAUUAAUGAUAUUCUAUAUCUGGACAAAACUGUGGAGAAUCUAUUGCCUCAGCCGCCACCUCCUAAAGUCAAAUCCACUAUAACCCAAGUAGCCCUACACGAAUUGGAAAAAUACUUAGCACUGGACAUUAAAAGUGUUAAAUGUUUUCCCGAUGGCCUGAAACUAAUCGACGAACUACAAAAGUUGCCACAUCAAGCUGAUCCUCUCUACUAUGAAAAUACUGGAGAUAAUCCCUCACCCUGGCUUAUAGAAAUACGCUACCGUUGGCUAAUGGACUUGAUGGUGGAGCAAGAGGGUAUACUUCACUCUGUUCACACAAAUAUACGUCUCUUUAAUUCCCGUUUGCGGGACCUUGACAAUGAACGUUUACAUACCAAAUUUGAGGUUGAAUUUAUGACCAGCUAUUUAAUUGCUUUAAAUCAGGAAUUGUAUAUAUUGCGUGACAGUGAAGAGAUUGAGAAUAGAUUGUUGAGUAAUGCCGAAGAGGCAAUGAAAACGCGUAAUCAGGCUCAAUCUUCCAUUAAUAGUUUGAAUCGCCAAAUAGAAGAGGCACGCAAGAAUUGCGAUCGUAUAAAUGAGCAAAUCACAUCCGUUCAGUCUAAGUUUAUGAAUACCACCAAGGGUCAUAAGUUCUUUGAUUUUUUGCGUAGAAUUUUCAAGAAGAAAUGGCGUCCACCCAAAGCGACAAAAGGGCCAGACGAAUCAUCUGAGUCUUCUUCUGAAGAUGAAUCUACUAGCGAAGAAGAGGACGAUACUAAAAGCAUAGAUUCAGGCGACAUGACUACUAUACUUCUGGAUGAAACACAUUGUCCAUCUGGCCUAGAAAGACCCAUGUAUGAACUAGCCUUUAAAUUACGUUCUGAUAGACACCAACUAGAACGUUCACUAGAUGAUGCUUUAAAACAAAUCGAAAUUAAAAAGGAUGAAGUAAAACAGGCACAAAAACUAAUGAAACAUCACACCGAUAUUUAUAUACGAGAAAAUGAAACCUUAUUGGAAUUUAGACGCAAACGUCAGCAGGAAUUGAAUAAAGUGCAUGUGUCCGUUAUUUUACACAUGCAUCAGAUACAACAUUUUCGAGAGGGCGAGGAUUACCGAGAUCUUAGCAAAGCUGUUCUUUUCGAUUCGUCCAUUAUAAUGGAUCUGCAGGAGCGAGUAGAUCAAUUAAAUUUAGAGACAUUAGAAACUAAACGUUUGCAUCGUAUCAAUAUAGUACAUUUGCGUCGCAUGAACACCGAUAUUAAGUUUAUGCGUUCUGAAAUCACACGUCUAGAGGAGGAAAUUCGACAGGAAAUGAUGAAAAAGUUUGGUAUGGUUAUUAAUCUAGAUGAAUUGGAGGAAGAAGUUUUGCGUAAAUAUGUCUUUGAAUUGGAGACAACUGCCGAGGAAGAACUACGUUUGUUGGAAUUGGAAAUGGCAAAAAAGAAGAAAGAAUUAGCUCUAGCUCAAGAGGAACUUAUAGUGGAAACCCAAAAAAAUUCCGAUAAACUUAAUAUUUUGUCUGUGCUAACUGAAGAAAAUUCAUUUCUGGAAAAAGUUUUAAUAAACCAGGAGAAAAACUAUGAAAAAUGGUUAAAGCCACCAAAUCUUAAUUUGGAUAGAGAUAUUGAAAAACUUAUGGUAAUUGAUCGUGAGCAAAAGGAACAAAUUAAGUUCCUGGAAAGAGAAAUUUGUACUUUGCGCAUGAAAUCGAAACCCCUGCAAAUUGAUGGCGAAGCUGAAGCAGCAGAGAUAGUGGUACAUCAAGAAAUUAUACCCAAUGAUGAUGUACAAGUUUGUCCAGAAAUCUUUAAUGCUGAUGCCUUUGAAAGUCGUUUGAUACCGGACGAUUUUAUAAUGGAACGUUGCCAGAAGGUAGUUCAAAAGUUGUUUAUGCAACUUUUCGGUAAAAUGACCAGCAAGGAAAAUGUCCGGCGUUAUGCGUACAAGGUUACACGUUACUUGGGUCAAGCGGCCUAUAGUUUUGAGGGCAAUGUUACCGAUAACAUCAUGGACUGUAUUAUUGAGAAUUUACAAAAUUUAAUACCUAAAAAAUACCUAAUACUGUUGCGUCGUGAAGAUUUACAGAGAAUGUUCAAUGAAAUAUUGGGAGUAUUUGAUUAUGAACGUUCGGAUGUUAAUACUGAAGAUGUGGUAUCGGGCAUCUAUGAUAAUGCAAAGUUAGCAUUGAAUCAAGCUACCGGAGUGUUGAAUAAAACUCAAUAUAUAUUGAUCCAUAUGUUUAAGGAACUCAUAGAGGUUCUACCUUUGGAAGAGUUUCAAAGUGAAGAUACGGUUCAUUUUAUUGUGGAUAACUUGGAAAAGGAAACAAAUUUUGAUGGCCGUUGCAUAAACAUUGAAGGUUUAGUUGAAAAAGUAGUGGAGUAUGCUAAAGCCAAUUUGUUGGAUACUAUAACAGCCAUACCAAUACGUCAACUGGCGGUAAGGGUACAAAAAGAAUAUUCAAAACGUAGACCUAGUAAUUCAAUAUCUGUCCGAUGCUCUUUGGGUUCUGUGCACAGUGUGUCGGUAAAAUCUAAAGGCAAAUCCCCAAGCAAUUAAUUUUUUUUAACGUUUUUACUGUUUAAUCAAAUUUAGUUUUAAUAAAAUUAUUUAUUGAGAACAAA